UGCACCAAGAUUUCACUCCAUACACUCCGCUUUGAAGACUGAGAGAUUUCACUCCGUACAGAUUCCGCUUUGAGGACUGAGAGAUUUCACUCCGUACAGAUUCCGCUUUGAAGACUGAGAGAUUUCAUUCUGAUUUAACGGUCGAUAGAUUCAACUGCUGUGUGAGUAAAAUCCUGAAGAUGGCCGCUCAACCAGAAUUCCAGACUAAAAGCCACGUAGGACCGAAUGGGAGAAUGUUGACAGAACACUAUGUUGAAGGGCUCCACAUGAGUUUAGAUGAUGUGAAGAGGAAACACAGGAACCAGUACACUAAAAAAGCCGUGGUUCAGCCCGGUGUUGAGGCAACAGACUACAGAACCCAGGUGCCACAUUACCCUCGACCUGUAGAGUUCCGUGUGUCUACAGUGGCUCACGUGACUGUUGAAGAAGGCCUGCACGGUAUUAUGGGUAACGAUGGGUUUCAGAUAGGGGAGAGUGGCCUCCUGUGGUGGGGGCUUGUGAUUGGUGAACAGGAGAUCUCUGCUGCGGAGCAGAGGUAUGUGAAGAGACUCUUCCCUGGUCGGAACCCAGAGCAGGAAGAGAGACAAAAGGAAAACCCUUUCCUGCAGGAGUUCACCACCUCUCCUGUGUUCAAAGAUGGGUCUCGCUAUGGAAACUUCAAGUUCACUUUCUCACUGGCUGAUGUUCUGCAGAAGUACAGCACACAGUUCUGUGGAGAAAGGGAGCCCGUCUUCAGAGUUUAUAAGACUGCAGUCUACAGUCAGGAGGUCAUGUACACCGUGCUGAUUCAUAGUCCUGAUGUUCAUGAUUAUGAUGAUUACCCAGAGCUGGUUAAUAAUGAUGAGGGUGUGUGUGUCUACAGGGAUGGUGAGAUCAUCUGGCACGCUCAAGCCAUCUCUCAAGAACACACGUUUCAACUGGUGGAGAACAGGGAGGAGAAACUAGUGCGUGCAGAACAAAGUUUGAAUGUGUUUUAUGUGUGGGACCAUGUGACCCUGGCCUUUCAUUUUCCAGAAGAUGAAACUCUCUCCAUCCCUCAUGAGGAGCUAGUGGAGGCUCUCACCUCAUGUGAUGGAGAUUAUCCUCCAGUGAACGGUCCUCUAAUGGAUAGAUUAGAUGCAGAGGAGAUAGUUCAGAAAUAUAAGGAUUUAUAGAGACUUCUAACAUGGAGUUCUAGAAUAUCUACACAGCUCCAAUUUAACAGCCUGUCAAUGUAUUCUCUCACAACCACUGCUGAAAUGUAUGUUUGCAAUCUCAUAAAUAUAAAAAUAAUAUCAUAAAUAACACUUUUUACACCAACAUGUGUGUUGGGUUCAACUUUGGGUUUCAAACUGAAAAUGAAAUAGAAACAGUCACAGUACAUUUACAUUAUCAUUGCCUAAAUCACUCUGCUCCCCUCUCCCUCCAAUCCAACAGCCUUAACCUGCUUGCCGUACCCCGCACUGCCUUAAGACCUGUGGCAAUGCGUUUGCUGUUGCAGCACCCAAGCUAUGGAAUGCUCUACCCAUGGAGGUCUGCGGGCAGUAUUGACCUUUUUAAAGGGAGCCCUGCUGAAAAAAACAGCCUGACCAGCUAAAGGUGGUUUGCUGGUUGACCAGCUUGUUAACCAGCUUAUUUGACCACCCUUUGAUGGUUAACCAGCUAGACCAGCAAAACUCUCGCGAAAACACACCUUCAGCUGGUUUACCCAGCUUAUGAUGGUAAUUCAGCUGGUUUUGAUUGUCGUACCACCUUAAGCUGGUCAUUUUAGUUGGUGUUGCUGGUCUACAUUGCUGGUUUUUACUGGCCACGCCAGCUUAUGUUGGUUAUUCUAGAAAACCAGCUUGACCAUCUUUGUCAAGCUUGACAGGCUGGUCACCAGCAUGACCAUCUUAAACCAGUUGUAUCCCAAACGACAGGCUGGUCACACCAGCACGACCAGCUUCCUCAGAUGGUCACGCCAGCAUGUCUAGCUGGUGGCCUAACCGGCUACACCAGCAAGACCAGCAAUAAUAACUGUGUUUUGGGCAAAGACCAGCUAAAACCAGCUAAAACCAGCUACCAGCCUAAGCUGGUUUCUUGCUGUUUUUUUCAGCAGGGAGGCUAAAGACACACCUUUUUAGGAUGGCCUUUUUAAACCUGUGACAUUAGCUUUUUAGUUCCCUUUCAUUACUGCCUUUUAUUUCAUUUUAUUUUUUCUUCUCUUCUUUAUUUAUUCACUUUUAAAGUUUGAGGGUUGACUAUUUUUACCUCUGCGGACUUGUUUUGUUGUGGGUAUAUUAUGUUUGGCUUUUUUAUUCUUGUUAUAUGUAUUUUAUUAUGUACUGGAAAGCACUUUGUGAUUUUAUCUGUGAAAAGCGCUAUACAAAUAAAAUACUUACUUACUAACUUC